AUGAAGGCUGAGCAACGGCCGAUUCGUUUCCCGUCGCCUCGCUGUCGAGGCGACACGGGGAGAGAGUGCGCGUCAGGUUGUCCGCGGCUAGAUUUAGCGGGGGAGCGGGAGCGAAAGGGCCGCAUCCACGACGAAGCCCCGACUGCCUCGCCUGGGAGUCGGCUGAACCCUCGCGUCCGCUGGCUGUCUCAGCGGCAACCAGACAGGACCGUAGCAGGAGAAUGCGAGGGACGCCGAGAAGAAAGUGGAAAGAGCGCGGGGCUCCCGCUUGUGCCUUCGAAGAAGAGCCCCUUCCCCCGGCCGUGCCCGUCUUUCCUCCGUCGUCUUCUUUCACCAUGCCUUGCACCCUCUCUUUUUUCUGUCUUUGUGCUUCUCUCCCUCGCGUUUCCAUAUUUUUCUCCCCGGCCGUCGUGUCUUCAUCACACGGCGGCCAGCGAGCCUCCGCGGUCUUCUCCUCUAGACUUUCCUGCCUCGGUGCCGCCAUGGGCGCCUUCUGCCGGUCAACCGCUCUCGCUGGGCACUGCGCAUUUGCCGGUCGUGUUGGCUUCGCUUCAGAUGGGCUUGAAGGCCCCCGCUUCUCUCCUUGUUCUCUUCUCGUUCACUCCUGUCUUGGAGCGCGUGGACGCCGUGCUGGUCGGCCGCCGCCCUGCGCCCUGGGGCGUGGGAAGCAGCGCCCAUCCCCUUGCCGCCGAUCGCUCCUCCUCCUCCUCUGCAGCCUCGCCUUUUUCAGCGGAUUCGGCCCUCUCGUCUUCUGCCUUCUCGGCUUCCGCCGCGCCUUUGCCUCCCGGGAGCCCCGCGCGCCUGCCUCCUUCGCCGCCAGAAGAGAUCUCGCCGUCCAGCGAGCUCGCACGGAUGCGUAAGAGAGCGCUUCCUGCGGCCGGUUUUCUGCUUCCUGUCUCGCUCUCCAGCGGCGCCCAGAACGCUGCCGCUUCUCUUUCAGGCGGCGCGGACACGCUUCUUGGGGCCAGCUCGAGCGCGCCUGCGAAGAAGCAGUCUUCUUAUGCCUCCGAGUCGCGGCUCUUUUCGUCUUGCGAGUCCUCGCCCUACUGCGUCUCUGUCUCGGCGACCGAGCGCCUGCCGACGCGAACAAUGGUCGUCGGCCGCGGCGCGCACGCGGCGCCCCUCCACGAGUUCUACUCGUCUGCUUGCGCCCCUGCCGCGAGCCAGGCGGCGGCCUCGAAGGCCCUCGGAUCCUGGCGAGAAGGGUAUCCAGUGCUGAUUGGCGGAGCGCAUCCGCUCGUCGUCCAAACCAUGACCAACUCAGACACGCGCGACGUCAACGCGACGGUUGAACAGGCACGUCGAAGGAGAAAGCCAAAACGCUUUCGGAUCUCAAGUCAAGCCUUGUGA